UGUCACGUGACUUGACGGUGAAUGAAAUCGGAAAAUAGUCGAGACUGUCCGAUGUGUGUGUAUUUGGUGUAGGAUCGUACUGUGCUUGGUUUAAAGGAUGCCUCUGUUUGGUAGAAAACAAGAAACAGAGAAAAAAAAUACAAAAGAUGGGGAUAUACGUCGGAAGUAUGAAUUUAAAGAAACACUCGGCACAGGAGCAUUCUCAGAGGUUGUGUUAGGAGAGGACAAAUUUAACAGGGGGAAGUACAUGGCUGUGAAAUGUAUCGACAGGAAAGGUUUACUUGGCAAGGAAGAAGCCCUGGAGAAUGAGAUCUCAGUAUUGAGGAGACUGAACCACCCCAACAUCGUACAGCUGGUGGAUGUGUUUGAUGACAAGACACAUGUCUUCCUGGUGAUGGAACUUGUCACUGGUGGGGAGCUGUUUGACAGAAUCGUGGAGAAAGGAAGCUAUACAGAGAAGGAUGCCAGUAACUUGAUAAAGCAGGUGCUGGCUGCAGUUGACUACAUGCACACAAAGGGGGUUGUACAUAGAGACUUGAAGCCAGAGAAUUUGUUGUACUACAGCCAUGAUGAAGAUUCGAAAAUCAUGAUCAGUGACUUUGGGUUGUCAAAGGUGGAGGGUACCGGCAUUAUGGAGACAGCAUGUGGCACACCAGGAUAUGUGGCCCCUGAAGUGCUGGCCCAGCAGCCGUAUGGGAAGGAGGUGGACUGCUGGUCUAUAGGUGUCAUAGCCUACAUACUGCUCUGUGGCUACCCCCCAUUCUAUGAUGAGAGUGAUGCAGAGUUGUUCAAGCAGAUCCUGAAGGCAGAGUACGAGUUUGACUCUCCGUACUGGGAUGAGAUAUCUGAAUCUGCCAAGAACUUCAUUCGACACCUAAUGUGUAAGGAUGUCAAACAACGAUUCACAUGUAAGCAGGCAAUGGAUGAUCCAUGGAUUUCUGGUAAUGCUGCCUUGGACAAGGACAUCCACGCUUCUGUCAGCGCUCAGAUCAAGAAGAACUUCGCUAAGACAAGAUGGAGGCAAGCCUACAAUGCUGCAGCAGUCAUACGGCAGAUGAAGAAGCUGGCUAUGAGCAAGGAUGACAGCAAUCACUGAAUAAAGGGAGACCACUCUGCCAGGCAAACUCAUGGAACUAGCAUCUCUGGGGCUGGAGGCUGGAGGAUGUCGACACAGGGUUUCUGUUGUGGUUUGGAAUGUGGGGCGCCAACUUGCAGAUGGACAGACACAGGUGGUACCAAGGACAAACAUGCAAGUUGUCAUGACGAUCAGACAAUCAUGUGUCAGACACACAUGGGCGGUUUGCACUGUCGCACAUAUUUGGCCCUGAUCACAUAGCCUCUGUCAGUAUGAUGUGUCGUAGCUCUGUUAGUGUCACUAAACCUUCACUAGUCUUGUAGAUAACCUAUAUUCCUAGCUAAGAUGCAUAAUUCUGCAUAAUAUUCAUGUACAGAACUUGACAAAGAUGCUUCAUUGCAAAUAGUUCAAUCUUUUUAGAAACAAAAUAAAUAAGAUUGCUCAAUUAGUACAUAUUUUUAUUAGAAUGAUACUGAUAAUCAUUUUUCAUCAUGGUCAAUCAUUACUAUGUACUUAAAACCUCCAUGACAUAUUCUGUCCAGCGUGCAGAAAUCAUUGGACAGUAGUAAAUACUGCUACAUGUAAUUGACAGUAAUAUUGUAGAGAUUUUCAUAAUAUUUUAGAUACAUCUUCAAAUAGUUUUCAUAGACUAACUGUUUGUGUAGAUCUAUUGUGAAUAUAUGCACAGAAAUCACACAAGUUUACUUUUUUAUUCACUUGGAUAAAUUGACUGUUGUAACUUGUUUCAAGGAAGAUACAUUCUCAAGAAUUUCGACGUAACACAAGGAGAAUUGUUUGAAUUUUCUGUUCUUGAAAUUACGUUACCUUGUUAAUUGUGAAAUUGUUUCCUGGAAUUUGUUUAGGGUGUGGCAUUUUAUUAGUGUUCAAAGAUCUUAACAGAUUUCUGAAUGUUUUCACGUAAAUGAUUUGUUGUUUUUCCUUUUAUUCAUUGAGAUGUUUUUCCCAUAUCUACAGAGGAAAGUAGGCAGAUAUUUUCAAUAUUUCACUCAUGUGUUCAGUGUAGUGGCUUCCAUAUUGUCAAAGUAAGGUGUUUUAUUUCAUGAUGUUUAUAAUGCCAUAUCUUCUUUUCACAUAUUUCUUACCAUUUGUGCAUAAUUUUAAAGUGACAUAAUACCCCUAUCCUGGUCAUUCCAAGUACUGGACCCUAUAAUCAAAUUCAAGAAAUAUUUCACUUUUGUAGAUUAUAUUGAAUCUCCUCUGCCAAAUAUUAGACAGCUGAAAUAUAUAAUCAAACGUAUGGUUUGUAUUUAUGUACUUUUUGAUACUGUUUUAUGAAUUACAUAUAU